UUUCGAUCUUGUCGACAAUUAAAUAUUGUCCUCCUUACCCUACAAAUUAUGUUUAUACUCAAUAUUGGUUGCUUAUAGGAUUUGCCUACUGUAAAGAACUAGUCAAGAGUAAUUGCCAUCAAAUGGUAUUGUUGCCUUCUCUCAAUCAGGCCACACCCCAAGCCUAGAUACAAAACUCAAACCCCAGUUUUGAUAUGGCUGCCCAUUUGCUCUCUCCGAAACUUGAUAACCCCAGCACCCAAAAUAAGCGAGAAGAUGCAAACCUUUCAUCAGAAAGUGGUGCCAUUGAAAUGGCCUACCAUAAGAAAUAUAGAGAAAUACUCCCAACUCUCCCAAUAGGCAAAGCUUGGAUGAUCACUGAACAUCUAGUUCAAUACCAAGGUUCUUGGCUUUCGCCUAACCUUGCCUUGAAAGGUAUCAUUUGGAUCCAAGAUGAAUUCAAGGUUCAACCGACUGAUAUAUUCUUAGCUUCAUUUCCAAAAACUGGCACCACAUGGCUCAAAGCACUUAUUUUUGCUACCAUUAACCGAACCCGCUGUGAUUUAUCCACUCACCUUUUACUCACUAGAAGCCCCCAUGAAUGUUUUCCAUUCUUGGAUGCUUACGUACAUAAGAGCCAUGAAACUAUUUCUGGUCUUGAUGCUCUUCCUCCACCGCGCCUCUUCUCAAUUCAUUUCUCUCAUACUUUGUUACCCAAUUCGAUGAUUACUUCUGGCUGCAAAUUUGUUUACAUUUGUCGCGACCAAGAUGUUCUGGUUUCAAAGUGGUUGUUCUCCAACAAGUUGAGGUCCAAGGAGCUGCCACCCCUUUCGUUACAAGAGGCAUUUGAGUUGUUUUGUCAAGGGAUAUCGCAUUUUGGACCCUACUGGGAUCAUGUUUUAGGGUAUUGGAAAUGGAGCUUAGAAAACCCAGAAAAAAUCUUGUUCUUGAAGUAUGAGGACUUGAAGAAGGAUCCCUCGGCUGUUGUUAAGAGAUUAGCCGAAUUUCUGGGAGUACCUUUUUCACUGGAGGAAGAGGAUAAGGGAGUGGUCCAAGAAACAAUAGGACUCUGUAGUUUUGAGACUUUGAGCAACUUGGAAGUCAACAAGACAAAGACACACAAAUUCAAGAGUGAUCUGGUUAUGGAUAACAACAUCUUCUUCAGGAAAGGUCAAACUGGAGAUUCCAAGAAUCAUUUAACAAAUGAAAUGAUACAACAUUUAGACAAGAUAACACAAGAGAAGUUAGCUGGUUCUGGACUAACAUUUGUUAGCUAAGCACAAGUUAAUUUGUUGAUUGAUAUGUGUCUUCUUUUCAUCUAUGUUU